AUGCCACCUGCACGCCGCUCAGCCCGCACCGUCUCCUCGACCAGCGCUCGCGAAUCCGCGCAGCCUUACGCUCGCACUAACGCACGCACCAGCAGGAGCCCAACUACCGCUCGCUCAUCAGCCACCAUAGCGCGCCCAGCUAACGGCAAGACCAGUCUCAGGCUCACGGUGAAAGCACCGCCCAGCAAGCUCCGCCAGGCCACCUCAGGCUCGCAGAUCCCACCCAACCCAUACGCCAACGACCAGAGCGAAAGCGACGCGACACCUGCUCCAGCUCCACGUCGGUCGCGGGCUACGCGCAAUCCCAGAACCGUCGUGGACCCAGACAGCGACGAGGACGAUGAUGACGAAGAGGACGAAGAUGCGGAGGGUGAGGUGGACCAAGAACUACUUGCAAACGAAGACGACAGCGAAGAGGAUGCAGAAGGAGAGGAUGACGAAAUGGAUGAGCUGUCACGAGAUCAUCCUCCACCGCCCGUGAUCAUACAGCAGCGCGUGAAUGGCCAAGCCAGACCGAAUGUCGCAGUGACCGCACCAAAUGAGGGACCUCUGAAGUCUGUGGAAGACAAGGAAAUGGAGGACGAUGACGAUGACGAGUUGUCAGAGCUAGACGACUUGGACGAGCUGGAGCCCGACAACGAAGAGGAGAACGAGGAAGAGGAAGAAGAAGACGAUGAGGAUGGCAGCGAUGAGGACGACGAGAACUCGAGAAGUGCCACACCCGAUCUCACUAAGCUCACCAAACGCCAACGAGGUGCCUUUUCUGGCACGGAAGAGUUCGAUGGUGGUCUGAUGGCUCUGUCGAACGAAGCACUCAAGAAGAAGCACCUCACCGAAGAAGAGCAUGCUAUGAGGCGACAGGAGAUGGCACGACGGCGGAAGAAUCUGAGCGAGAAGCGGAAUGAAGAAGAAAAAAUGGACACCAUCAACAAGCUUCUCAGUAAACCAGCUCCCAAGCGUCGCACGCGAGCAGAGAUGCAAGCACUACGGGCAGCGGGAGCUGCAGGCGGAGAUGACGAAGAAGACAAGCCAGAUCCCAUCUACACCCGUUGGGUCAGCAACAAAGAAGGCAGCCGGCUUGGAGUUCCUGCCGAGUGGAUGGACGCCCCUGUCGGGAUCACAUUCAAGUCAGGUGGUGGACGGAUGGUGGAGGAGGUAGCUUGA